AUGCAGCAAAUGCAGGUGACCGUGCCGCCUGGGGUCUACGCGGGCAUGUCGUUUCAGGUCAACACGCCGGCAGGUCCUAUGGAGGUGGUCGCGCCCGUCGGCGAGGGGCAGCAGAUGAUCGUUAAUGUGCCGGUAGCGCCAGUGGUCAUGGCGACUGUGAUCCCUGAUGGCGGUGCGCCGAUGAUGAUGGCAACGUCGGCAGCACCGCAGAUGGCACCAGUGCAGCAGUCCAUGCAUCGCACUGUGCCCAUCGGCUCGAUCCCUGCUGGUGGGAGCCAGCCGCUGUGGUCGGCGCAGGAGCUCACUGGCACGUGGAUCUGUUGCUGUCUACCUGGUGGGUGUGGCAUCACUACGCUCACGGCGGAGGGCGACGACGUGAAGAUAGAAAACGGAGUCUGCUGCUUUCUCGGCCUGCCUUGUCCGAUCAGCAACGAGAGGUGGAUCCGCAAGGGCGACACCAACGGGUUCUACAAGGACGAUGAGCCUUCCAGUGUCGACGUGUUCACCUCCAGGACGUCGAUUUGCAACGGGCCCUCGUGCUCGAGGAGGCUCUGCUAG